AAAGUGGUGGCAUUGGCGGCUGCGGUGGUGGUGGUGGUGGUGGUGCCUCCGCGCGGCCUGGUGCGUGUGGCAUCAGUGGCGGUAGUGGUGGUGGUGUCGGGUGCUGGGGCGGCUGACCAGUGCAUAUAAACCCGCGUCGUUGUCCUUGUGAGUCAUAAUGUCCUCUGCCGGACAGCGCGACACAUCACCACGGCCUGUCUGCCUCAGCUGUGACAAGUGGUAGAGUUGUGGCUGCAUAGCUGUCUUCUGCGUGACCGUCCGUGUGUUCUUUACUUCACCGCACCGAGAAGUGCAUUAAAGGAGAGCGGCAGAAUAAGAGCAUCAGGCACCACGGAGGGGAAGAGAAGAGGCCUGGGAAGUGUUGGCGUCAGUGAGAUUCAGAUACAGCACGAUCGCCCUUCAUUAGGAACGGAGCCACGCAGGGAAGAGACUAAAUAAUCCCGUACACAAAGAAACCCACCAGAGAGCAAGAAACCCACAGGACUGAUUAGAUAAAUAAAACCUGACGAAUCAGCUGCAGAGGUUUGUACGUGGAAUUAAAAGGAAAAGUAGUGCCAUAAAGUACAAAAAAAAAAAAAAAAAAAAAAAAAGGACAAGGAAGAGUCCGUGAAAGUACUCAGGUUCAAAGCAAGUGUUUGAGGUACUCCAAGUGGAAGACCUUAAACAUUGGUACCGUUUAGUUUCGAAGAAGAAGAAGAAGAAGAAGAAAAAAAAAAAAAACAGAAGAGGAGAUAAAGUCGAAAAGACCGCACCAGAUUCUAGUCCACAGCACGUCUAAUCUUCAGCGGGAUGGGUCGCUACACAGGGAAGAAAUGUCGCCUGCUCACGAUGUUCGCCAUGACCACCAGCUUCUUCUUGGUGGAGCUGGUGGUGGGUUACAUCACCAAUUCCAUGGCGCUCGUGGCGGACAGCUUUCACAUGCUGAGCGACGUGUUAGCUCUCGUCAUAGCCUUCCUUAGUGUCAAGAUGUCGCCCAAGAAGUGGAGCAAGAACACCUUCGGCUGGGCGCGCGCUGAAGUGCUGGGAGCCCUCGUUAACAGUGUCUUCCUGUUGGCACUUUGCUUCUCCAUAUUUGUCGAGUCAUUAAAAAGGUUAUAUGAGACAGAGGAGCUGCACAACCCACAGAUGAUCCUGAUAGUGGGGGUCAUAGGCCUCAUAAUUAACCUAGUAGGCCUAGUGCUUUUCCAUGAACAUGGCCAUGGCCACAGCCAUGGAGGCCACGGCCACUCCCAUGAGAACAAACUGUCCACCAUAAACACUCUAGUGGCCACAGACGACAAUGAGAAUGACGAGCGCUUCACCCCACCCCCGCCCAGCAUCCUGCCGGGCUCCCAGAAGUCUGAGGGCAACAAGAGUGCCUCUCAGAUGAACAUGAGAGGCGUGUUUCUCCAUGUGCUCUCUGAUGCCAUGGGCUCUGUGGUGGUGAUCAUCAGUGCACUGGUGGUGUGGCUCACUGACUGGCAGUACUCAGCAUACAUUGACCCAGCCCUUUCCCUGUGCCUGGUGACUCUCAUCACUGUGAGCACCUGGCCGCUGCUCAAGGUGUCAGCUCUCAUCCUUCUGCAGACUGUUCCCACGCAUAUUCAGGUUGAUGGGAUCCAGAAGCAGCUGCUCAAUGUGGAUGGAGUGUUGGCUGUGCACGAGUUCCAUGUGUGGCAGCUGGCGGGUGAGAGGAUCAUUGCCUCAGCCCACAUCAGGUGCCGCAACCUGAAGGACUACAUGGUACUGGCGGAAAAGAUCAAAAAGAUGUUCCACGAAGAGGGCAUCCACUCCACCACCAUCCAGCCAGAGUUUGUGGAGUUUGAGGAUGACGAUGCUUCUGCUUCCCUCGACUCAACUGAGGACUGCAUCCUUGACUGCCCAUCCAAGGACAAGGAAGGCUGUGUGGCCAACACCUGCUGUGGUCCCUCAAAACAGUCUGAGGCAGUCCCAGCAGCAUCAAAUUGCCGGCAGAGGAACAGCACCGAGAUCCACAUUGGGAACCAAGUGGUGGAGAACACAGCCGAAGGAGCCACAGAGGGAGGCUACCUACUGGUGCCUGCAUCGGUCAACCACGUCUCCUCUGUCUGACAGUGGGCUUCUGAUGGCCACCUCCAGGACGCGGCAGCAGAUGACUGACAGUGAUUGAAGCGGACUGGGAGUGCACGGGAAGUAAGGAGAGGGAACGAGGUGAUAACUUACAGCACUAUUCAGGGUACUGAUGAGGAGUGACUGGGUGAGUCUUGAUCCAGAUUUAACAAAAGGUGUGGGAGGGGGGGAGAGGAAUGGGUGGUACAAAUGCAAGUGUCAUUCAUUAGGUUGUAUGGGGGUUGUUGCAGUUGACAUCCAUAUGUGGACUGCUUCCUCAGCUUAUUGUGUCUGGGCAUUAAAGAAGCCAUUUGGCUGCUGUCAGGGAUAACAUUUCUGUACAGAGCUAUUUUCUGCCACUGUGUAUUUGAGAGUGGCAGUGUGACUCCCUGAUCACUGGUGGGACACUGAGGUUGUGAUAUCAGACGUACAUUUAGCGAGGGAAGGAGAGGAGGCUUGUUGAAGUGACCACCAAAACCUGGGGUACAAUAAAAUGAAAAGUUGUUCAAUGAAUGAAUGCAUAAUGCAGCAUUCAUUACAUGUUUUACAGAACUAUUGUAUGUAUGAGGAAAACCAAGGGUGAGGGGUGCCAAGGUGUGUGUGUUCCAGAUGCUAUGGGAAGGGAAGAACGUGUUCAAAUGCUUCAGAACCAAGUUUUAGAGUCAUGGUAAGUGAGGAGUCAGGAAGUCAACAUUGGCAUGGAAGCAUAACCACACCCUAGUGCCUCAACAGACCUCGGGAAGAGCACUGUGAAGGGUCUCUCCAAGGGAACCAAGGUUUCCUCAACUUUAAUUCUUACUCUACUGUGUUCAAACUAAUGUGGGAUUCAAAGUGGCUUAGUGCAGCUCUUUUGAUUAGUUAAUGGCCAUGCUAAAGCUGUUCAUAUAAAAAUGGUCUACCCUCACCCUGAAGGGCUAAGAGGCAAGCUAUAUGCAAUACAUUAAUACAGAAAACCACAUUAACUAUUCAGAAAAAACACAUCAGAAUUUCAUUGACUUGAGUAUGAUGCAUUUAAAAAAAUAAAUAAAUAAAUAAACUACUUGGAAGAAAUUAAUAGAAGGCCUCAGAUUUUGGAUUUGGAUGCGAGCAUAAAUAUCCUCUGCUCCCAGAUCUGAUAUCCUAUGAUGCAUGUUUCACUGUUAACCUCUUCAGUGCUGUCGUCACUUCAGUGUCUCUCCUGUAACCAUCAUAGACUUAUCUGUUGCUCUUUUAUAUUCCCUAACACUGUUCCAUCCUUUAUGUUUGUUGGUCCAUAUCAUAGGGAUCAUAGGAUUGUCUCUGAUGCCCCUUGAUCCAUAUGACAUGGAUCAAAGAAAAUAAAGACUGAAAUAGUGUUGCAACAUAAAGAAUGAAAGAUUCAGUUCUGAUUAGUGACAUCAUGGUGACAUGCAAGCCAAGCUACAGGCAACAUGCUCUGCAUAACAAGCCAAUCUUGUAGCUUUGGGGUCUCUUUCUAAUGAUGUGUGUGAAUUUUUACUAUAAUGCUUAAUUUUUAUUAGUUUCUAAUAAUGUGUGUGAAUUUUUACUAUAAUGCUUAAUUUUUAACAAGAUAAUAUUGAAAAGAGACCCCUUCUUUUUAACACCUCUCCAGUGUGUCUUACUCUUUGUGCAAUGAAGGGGUUAAUGGCAGAUAAAUUUAUAUUGCAUGUAUCCAGACUUGAGAUUCUUCAUAAGGGGAGGUAAGCAAGACAUGCUUAUCUUCAAAUGGUAAGAAUUUCCUCACAUCUUGAUGUUUAGACGAGGAUCUAUAAAUUAAAUGUAACAGCAUGACACAAUUUAGUCAGCUGCAGCCACAAGGCAUUGACAAGGUCUGAGCCAUACUUAUCUUGAAUCUUGAUUAGGUUGGCAUAAACAGGGGUAAUAUUUUGAUAUGAUACGUACUUGUGUUUGUGACAUGAUUUUUGGGACGAAGAGAGCUAAGGGAGUUCUUACCGUGUUCAUGGUUAUGUUCUUCCCUGUGGCUCUAUAUAGCUGUACACUGCAGCCCAAGGGGAUGGACACCCCACAACCAGCAAGACUGACACUCCAGUUGCCCCAAACAUGGUUCUUCCUGUGGACUGACUUGUUGUCUAAAAAUAAUUGAAAAGAGAUUGUAUAUAAGUAUACAAGUUUCUAUGGUUUUAUAUAAAUGUGUACAAUUUGAGUGUGUACUGUUUGUAGCAAGAGUUGAUUUUAUGGAUGAAGAUAUACCUAGUGAGACUCAUGGCAGUAUUUAUAUUAUUUUUGUACAUAACUUAUGUAAUUUCACUAUAAAAGACCGAUAUGUUAAUUUUUCAUAGGUAAAUCAGAUAAACUAGAAGCAUAAAGAUAUUGAAGGCACUGUAGAGUAUGGAUACUUCUCAAAGAAGUAAAGGAAAUUACCUUCUUAAUAAGGACAAGAACUUAUGUACAUAUACAUAUCCUUUACCCAACACUUGAAACUUUAGUUUGUUGUGUGUGUGUGUGUGUGUGUGUGUGUGUGUGUGUGUGUGUGUGUGUGUGUGUGUGUGUGUGUGUGUGUGUGUGUGUGUGUGUGUGUGUGUGUGUGUGUGUGGCAGUGCUGCCACUCCUGCUGAGCUUUGUAGAGCUCAAAAUGUAUUGUUCUGGGAAUUUGUUUUUCUCUCUCUGACUGGAAAUUCUUGUUCCAGAUAUCUAGCACUUCCCACUGGUCAUUAUAUGACUUCAAGUCUCAGUAACUGGGAUGUGACACAUUCUGCCAAUUUAUAUCUAGUAUUACUGAACCUGACAACUUUAGAAAUUUAUAAAUGUUAAAUAGUUAUUGUUGGAAAUGUCGUGUUCUGUUAAGCUGUACUUAUUUAUUUGCAGCAAAAUUUGAUAAAAUAAUUUGAUUUGAUGUUGAGACCUUGCUUUACAACAUUUACAUUUUUUUUUCAGGUUUUACGAAAUAUAUCUUUUUAUGUGUAAAUGUCUAAUUUAUGUUGUCAUCCUUAUUCUUUUAUUUGUGCUGCUAAUCUUAACUAGAUUGGAAGUUUGAAGCACAUUUAUAUACACUUUGUGUAGUGGCACUUCUGUAACUGAUAAGGUUUAUCCAGAAUGUAUUGCCACUGUGCCAAGAGCCACAGCCUGCCCAAAGAAAGGCUCACAAGAGGCCUAUUUUUCUACAGAAAAGUAGACUAACUCGCUCCCAUCUUCACAAGGAGUGCCCUGUUAGUACAUAUUGCUGGAUGGAACCAAAGGAUGGGGGUUGUGACCACCAGCACCAUGGUACUUAUUCCUUUAAAAUUAAUUUUUAGCUUAUUUUAACUUAAUAAUGAUAAUUAAUUAUUAUUAUUAUUAUUAUUAUUAUUAUUAUUAUUAUUAUUAUUAUUAUUAUUACUACUACUACUAUUACCAUUUGGACACUGGAUAUACAAGGUAGUUUUUAUCAAAUGACCUUUUUAACAGAUACUCCAGUUUGCCAUUUUCCUCUGUGAAAACCACUGCACCAGCCCUGCCAGCUGCCAGUGGUUCCCUGUAGGGGACAACAUGGCUGUGGAGUGUGAGCAAAGAAGAGAUACUUUGCCAUGAAGGAACAGCCUAGUGUUGAGAGUGGCCUAAAUACAUCUAGAUGGCAUGAAUGCAGGUGGGAUAAGAACAUGAUACAAGUGUUUAGAAGGAAAGAACAAAUGUAGCACAAGUGCAGAACACAUUAAUUUUUGUAAGGAUCCAGAAUGUAUAACUGCAUAAAUGGAAAUGAGAGAGAGAUGCGAGAAGAAAUGGAAGGAAAAUCAAGUUAUUUAAAAGGUAAGGCACAGCAAUAUCAGGGUCAUAUGGUGCCACUACACAAUGUUAAAAGCAACUAUAAUUGUGGUAGAGUAAAAAAAAAAAAAAAAAAACUAACAGCAAACUAAUAACAAAAUUGUGGUAAAGAAAAAAAAAUGGCAAGACAUGAAAGGAAGUUGAAUUAUAAAACUAAAUACAGAGAUUAAAGGCUGUGGAGGAGGCCAGUCCUCCACAUAAUGAAAAACAGCUCAUGUCCUGGAGCGAGACACAUUCUCCCAGCAUCAGCAAGAGACAAAGUCUUAUCUCCCUGACACUGGAACAGGCACCACACACGUCUCCCAAACUGGGAUCCAGCAAGUGUCACAGUGAGAGGGAACAAGCAGUUAUCACAGAAUAGCAGCAUUUCCCCAGACAUGAGUUACUUGUAUUAGGCAAGUCACUUGUGUUAGAUGCAUGUGACCUCUCCAGAGGCAAGCCAAUGCAGUCUUGAGCGUUUUCCUUGCACAUGGAUGUCCAAGAACAGAUAACAGCACAAUUUCCCUAUCUUCAUGGUGGCAUAACACUGCCAACUAUUAAGGACUGCUACAUAGCACAAAUGUUGGAAUACACAUCCUUUGAUGGGGCUAGAGGGAGGAGCUUGAGACAGUGCCUCUCCAGCCAGUUCACUAGUAUUCUCAUUCCUUGUAGCACCACUCAAAAAUAAAAAAAAAAACAAGGGAAAGAAGGACUAGAGAAUUUCAGCGCAGAAAGAGCACUACAAGUCACAAAAAACUGCAAAGGACAAAACAGGAAGAGUAAAAAUAUUUUUUGAAGCUAGGAUAAAGGCAGAUAGCUCUGCCAUAAAAAAACAGAAGCAACACCAGGGAGGCAACUGACUUGACAGAUUGGGGGAAAGACAACACCAUCCCUAACUCCAGUAUCAGACUGAGCCAUCUAUAAAUAUAGGGACAGAGCCAGAAUGUGUAGAGUAAUAUUCUAAAAAUAAAGCAUGAAACUCAUAAUGCAGUAGAGUUCCUAAUGGUAACAGCAGAGCUGCAAAUGUGCAGAAAUUACCAGUAACCAACCCUAGGAAAACAACAGGAACAUACAGGAAGGGAAGGUACAUCCAACAUUACCAUGGCAGGCAAUCCUGAACCCAGAAGGCAUAGGGUAUGAUGAAACUCAGGUGAGGUAUUGUGUUGUUGAGAACAUGCAUUAUGGGAGACUGCCACACAGGAAAUGACUCCAGAAGAGGGUGAGUGGGAAGAAGAGUGGUGUGGUGUGGGUGAGAGAGGUAAAGGAAGAGGAAAAGAGGGGUGUACAGUCAUUACUCGUAUUUCCCAAAAAACAAGAAAGGGAGCAGAAGUGUGAGAGUGAAAAGGAUCUAGGAUAGUGUGGGCAGUGAGAAAAAAAAGUCAGGAUACUUGGAAAUGCAAACACUUGUAUACAUGCACCUGUAAACAGAACAGAGAUGAAAUUCUGGAAUGAUGAAACUAUGAAAAUGAGGACAUAAGAUAAAUUGGGAGAGGAAGAAGAAUAGUGUUAAUUGCAAAUAUGAAUGGAAAGAUUGAAAAUAGUGAGGUAGGAAAAUGGUGAGUAGAUGGAGUCAAUGAGAAUGGGGAAUACUUUGCAGACUAUGUGCAGAAAGAGGGUUGCUUCCUGUGAACUUUCUUCCACCAUAAAACAAUUCACAGGGACACAUGGAGAGAUGAAAGUGAAGAACAGGAGCUCAACUGACCAUGUAGCAGUGGAUGAGAGCCUGAGGACUGAUGUGAUGAAUGCCCAGGUAGUAAGAGGGAGGUUUGAUGAAUCAGAUCACUAUACUGUGAUAGUGAAGUUGAAAAUGAGAAAUAGAUGGGAGUGUGGUAAAAAUGGUAGUCAGGAGAAAAUGAGUACAACAGUGCCUAAUGAAAGGUUGGAUAGGAAGGAAUAUAGAGAAAAAGAAGAGAAUAUAUAAGAAAGACCUGGAGAGGUGUGUGGAAGUAUAUAAUUAUAAAGUAUAUAAACGAUUUGGAGAAAGCAGGGUGAUGGAGGUACGUGAAAGACUGGGAGAAGAUAAAGUGACAGUGUAUUGAUGGAUAUUGUGACUACAAUAUCAUCAGAUAUUAUGGGCCAUAAAAAGUCCUGGGGUAGGAAUAAGGGAAGUAGAUGGCCAAGAUUGAAAAGGUUGUAGAAGAAGAGAGAGCAUAUGGGGAAAUACCAAAGAAAAAUGUCCUAUAAGAGGUGAAAAUGAAAACAAAGAGUACUAUAAGUCUUGAAAUAGGAAACUGAAGGAACUAGUAUAAGAAAGUAGAUUAAGAGUUCAAAAGGAAUCUCAGUGAUGCAUUCAAUGACAAUAAGUUGUUUGAGAGAGAGAGAGAGAGAGAGAGAGAGAGAGAGAGAGAGAGAGAGAGAGAGAGAGAGAGAGAGAGAGAGAGAGAGAGAGAGAGAGAGAGAGAGAGAGAGAGAGAGAGAGAAGGAAAAGAAGUAGGUAACAAUGAGGUGGAGGCAGUAUGGAAGAGACACUUUCAUGGUUAUAAAUAAGAAGACAGGAAAAGAAGUAAUUAUAUGGGUGUGGAAGAAGGCGGAAAAGUGUGUUUAUGAAGAAAUAAAUUAGUAGGGAGGAGGAAAACAAUAGUCAGGCAUAAGUAAGGCAAAGCUGCAGGUAGAGAUGGAAUGAUUGGAUAUUACAAGAAGGGUGUGUAGGUGAAGUGGUAGCAGACUGAAUGCUUCCAAUAUGUGAAGUGGUAUGCAAGCAAACAAGGAGAAGUACCAGAUGCAUGAAGGAAAGCAGUUAUUAUGCCUCUACAAGUGUAAUAAUUAUAAGGAGAUAACUUUUGUGUGACAGAAAAUGUAUACGAGUGUCAUGACUGUGGAGACUGAUGGAAGGGACUGAAAUGAAAGGCAGUGAGGAACAGGGAAGAUUCAGGAAAUUAAAACAUUGUAUGGAUUAGAUUUUUGUAAUUAAAAUGAUGAGAGGAGUUCUUAGGAAAAAAAAUAUAAUAUUGUACACAGUGUUCAGAAAAUGUAUAAUAGGGGGAUAGUUAAGCCCACUGGGAUGUUUUUCAGAUUCAUGGUAUGGGAGGGCAAUUGUUGGAAUCAAGGCUUUUAAAGGAAUUCAAAAAGUUGAAGGGAGAACUAAAAGAGAGUUUUGCUGAAGAACAAGAAUGAAACAGGAGUGCAUGAUAUCCCUGUGUUAUCAGUAUCUUUGUGAAUGGCUGCAUGAGGAAGAUGAAAGCUGAAGUAGGAAAUGCUUGUGCAAAGUUGAAAUGGAAUGAAUGGCAUGAGAUGGGCCAUAGUGGUGUGUCAGUUUGCAGAUGACACUAUCUUAUUAGUAGAGAGUGGUGAAAAUUCAAAGGAGUGAAUGAUCAAUUCUAUGGUGUUUGUGAUGGAAAUUAAAAGAGAAUGUUGGCAAAUGUAAGUGACAGUUUUAAGGAGAGAAGUAGAAGUGAAUGGCUUCAGGAUGUUUUAUAGGAUGAGUGUGCCAGCUGUGGGAAGGUGCGAGGUGUACAUGGCAGGAGGUGAGAAUUAGGUGGAGUAGUUUAAAUACCUAAGAACAAUGAUAGUAAACAUUCGCUUGGUUUCUGUUGAUUACGGUCAAACCCCUCACCAGCACCAGCUGCAUCAUCCAACCAGAAAUACAAAAUAGCACUACCAAAUAAACAAAUGCUGGAAGGCUGGCUAAUUUUGAUGCAGCAAAAUAAAGAAAGAAAGAAAACAGAAAAUAAAGAAAAAACAAAUAAACCUUAGUUUAAAAUAUUGAAUUGAAUGGGCAGACUACUACUUUAGGCAGAGAAUUCCAAAGACCAACAAUCCGAACAAAGAAAAACCAACAACCCAAACUGAGAAAAAUCAUCCCACAUCAGUGACAUGACAGGGAAACAAAGACCUUUCUGCUGUGGCCUCCAGUCUGAUUAGAAUUCACUCACACAUCUCAUUAAAAAUGCAGACACUGGCCACAUAAUUGUCCAGGCCAUUUUUAAGUCAGCCCUUAAUAAAAUACUUUUAAUAGAAAACAAUUUUAAUUUGGAGUCUUUCAGCGUAUGACAAACCAUCAAAUCCAUUGAUUUUCUUUGUCCAUAUUCUCUGCAAAGAUCCCAGCAUAUUCAUAUCCCCACUGUAACCUUAUUCCACAAGACACACCUAAAGUCAAUAACUGGAUGAACAGGGGAUACAAAACUUCCACCAUAAAAUCAGAUCCAUGGACUGUAUGUACUACAUACCUCUUAGAAUACUGUUGCGAAGGGAGGUCUGGGGGGGCGGGUGGCCUUGGUUGCACUGUGCCACCGGGUAGCGAAGACAGGUGUUGGCGAUGAUGCGUGGAAGGUGAUUGGUUGGGAGAGCAGCAGUGUGCUGGCCAAUCACGGAUGGACCGACAUUACAUAAGAAGCUGUGACGGCCCCCAAGAGAGAGAGAGAGAGAGAGAGAGUGCCCGUUUUCUGCCUAUGCAACACCUAUGCCGACAAUCUGCAGUGUGCUCUCCUUGUGUGACGCUACCAUGCUAGUUGCCUGCCGCUGCCACUACGUGACUGUGCCCUGGGGCAUGCUCUGAGGAUUGUGUGCCCAGGCAGACUAAGACAGUGAGUACUUGACACAGGUUUGUGUGUGUGUGUGACACCUGUGUGGUCUGAUACGGCAUGGUCAGCGUGGACCACAAGAGGAAACAGCUGUGCGACACUGCUGGCGAGCAGUGACUCUGUAAUGUGCUGUGCAGUGCCACUAUUCUGUGAGGUUGGGUGCAUUACCCAGCGACAUAUACGUUUUGCUGAAUGAGGCCUGGUGGUACAAGCCUUACUUGUAUUGUAGUGUGUCCCGUGUCCUAUGGUACUGCUCUGUGCUGGCAAUAAAGAGAGGAUUGCUA